GAUCACUAUUCACUAUAUGGCAAAGUCCUUUUCGUGUUAUUCAUGGUUUACGUUAUUUUUACUUUUUGUGGUAGAGACACAAACGGCUGUGACUUCAAGUGGGUCAAAUGAAACAUCGAUUGGAGUAAUCAAGUUGAGAGUUGGAGUCCCUAAGAAAGAAGGUUUCGACCAAUUUGUGAGAAUAGUCUGGGACUCUCAUGAAAACAAGUACAAUGUUUCUGGAUAUUGCAUCGAUGUUUUCAACGCCGUUGUAAACAACUUAACAUUUAAGGUUUCUGUACAAAUGGAACCUCAUGUUAUUAAUGGAUCAGAAUCAGUUGGAUCAUACUACAACUCAAUUCUUAAACAAAUCCCAACAAAGUAUGAUGUUGCGGUGGGCGACAUAACAAUCAUGGCACGUCGUGCACAAUUUGUAGAUUUCACACUGCCAUAUACAGAAAUGGGGGUUAGAAUGUUGGUUCCAAUGGUACACGGGAGGCACCAAACCAUGUGGAUUUUUGUGAAACCCUUUAGCUGGGAUCUUUGGUUGAGCACACUCAUAAUCUCCAUGCUUAUAGGGGUUGUUUUACUUAUUAUGGAAAGAAACGUACAUACCCUUCCUCAUCAAGACCAAAGUUCAUCAUAUCGACAACAACUAACCGCAGUAACCAUUUUAUGGUUUCCGAUAUCACAAGCCGUUCUUCCUGAAAGACAGGUAGUUGCCAAGAACUGCUCGAGAUUUGUGUUGAUGGUUUGGCUUCUAUUGGCGUUUGUCCUCAUGCAAAGUUACACAGCAAACUUGACGUCUAUAUUAACCGUAGAUCAGAUACAACCUAGAUUUCUCACUUUGAAUGAUCUAAAGAAAUGGGGUUAUUAUGUUGGAUAUCAAACUGGUUCUUUCGUUUAUGAUAUUUUGGUAGAACAAUUGAAGUUUGAUCCAUCCAAGUUGAGGGGAUAUAAAAACAUUUAUAGCUACCACGAUGCUUUAAAGCUUGGAAGCCAAGGUGGUGGUGUCAUAGCUAUUUUCGACGAAGUGCCCUAUCUUAAUGCCUACCUUCAAACGUUUGGAUCAAAUUACAUCAUAGCUGGUCCGACCUUUAGAUCUGAAGGAUUUGGUUUUGCAUUCCCUUAUAAAUCCAAUCUUACAGAGCACUUUUCAAGAGCCAUCUUGAAUGUGACUGAAAAUUAUGAUAUAAUGCAUAAAAUUGAGGAAAAAUAUUUUGGGAGAAUCGAAGAUGUACAAAAGCAGUCUACGCAAGUGUCUUCAGCAUCACCAAGUCUUACCUUUCACAGCUUCGCAGGGCUGUUCAUGAUUACUGGCAUUUCAAUCUCUUUGGCUUUAAUUGUCUCUGAAACUCUUAUUUGGCAAAAGUGUAUUUUAAAGAUUAAAGAAUACACUAAUAGAUACUUGUUACGCUCCACACCAUCUACAGAAACACAUGUUCUUCCAAACGAUCUUCAAGCAACACAGGAAACAAAUUGAGUCGAUCAACCAAGACUUCUUACCUAAUGAUAUUGUAUAGGUGUAAUGCUUUUAUUUUUUUAAUUGAAAACGUUUGUAAUUAGAGGGUAUUAUAUAGAUAUGCAGAGCAGAAUAAUGUUAUGACUGCACCGUAGAAGCUCUCAUAAUAUGUAUGCAGAGAAGAAUAAUGUUAUAACACUGUUUUG